UCCAUCUCUCUCUUGCAAGUUAUUUUGUAACUGCUCCGAUCAUUCAUUCAUCAAUGGCCGCCGCCACUUCAUCGGAGAAACCAGUAAUGUUAGUCGGAGUCGACGAAAGCGAGCAUAGCUUCUACGCACUUGAAUGGACUCUAGAUCACUUCUUCACUCCCUACACUCCAAAUCCCCCUUUCAAACUCAUCAUCAUUCACGCUAAACCAACCGCUUUCACCGUCGUCGGAGCCGCAGGUCCUCGUGCCGUCGAUAUUCUUCCGCACGUCGAAGAGGAUCUGAAGAAGAUCGCUACUCGAGUUAUUGACGACGUUAAACAAAUCUGCAUCCGAAAAAACGUACAUGAUGAUGUGUUAUUGGAAACAGUUGAAGGUGAUCCUAGAAAUAUCCUUUGUGAAUACGUAGAGAAGCAUCACGCAUCUAUGCUAGUCAUUGGCAGCCAUGGUUAUGGAGCUAUAAAAAGGGCUGUUUUGGGGAGUGUGAGUGAUUAUUGUGCUCAUCAUGCACAUUGCAGUGUGACAAUUGUGAAAAAGCCUAAGAUCAAACAUUGAUUGAUUGAUUGAUUUCGCAAUAUCAAGAUCUAAGUGAAUAAUAACAUAGCUUAUCAUCAAAAGCUACUUACCGAUAUUGUAUUGUUUUUCGUAUAGUUUUUAAGUACUAUUGUGUUUUAGUUGUGAAACUAAAAUCGUUUUAUGACUUUCGAUGUAUGUUGAUCAAAGAUUUUAUAUUCUAUUAUUACUAAGAACCUUCAUGAUUUUCGAUGUA